UUGGCGGCGCUUUGGCUUUGUACUUGUCUCUUUGGAUUUGGCUGCUGCUGCAGUUGUUUCCUAUUAACGAUAAAAAUCACAUGACACGAACUGGUCGGUCGAUUUGGCUUCGUUUUCUGCACUUUUUCCAUGGGCCGUGCUUUGUUUUGGUUUUUGCCCGUAUCCCGCUUCGAGUUUUCGAUUUGGCGCCGGCGCCACUAACCCAGUUUAAGCCCAGUUAAGAGCCCAGUUGAGAGGCCAGUUUCGAGCCCAGCUUAAAUCCGACCUGGGCUGGCCAAUUAUGCCACAUUAUUGUCCAGUUGAGUGCCGCUGUUAUCGCCCUGGAAUGACAGGAUGCGGCCAAUUGGCAGGGCCACGGCCAAUGCCUGGAGAUUACGCAACGUCAACGUCAAUUAAAUCAGUUUUACUCCAAAUAUUUUAAGCCAAUGUCAACCGAGACCGGGGAAGAGAAAUAUAUUGACAUCGUCUGCCCAACGCUCGUACACCUCUCUACCGAUCUCGAUCGUCCACUGGCCACGCCUGAUUGAAUUUAUGGCCGAACUGAGGACUGCGCACUGACCAACUGCAGAUCCAGACCCUCGGGGGGCUUUGGGGCUUUGUUUACACAAAACUUUCACAAAUUAACCCAACCUGUGAACUGAAAAACUCAAAACUUAAUGCCCGAAAACGCAUCGACUCGAUUAAAACGCUGCAAACUUAAUUGGGGCCCAGUUUGUCGCACAUUCUGGGUGGCCCAGCCAAGGCACAGUGGUUGGCAUUAAGUGGAACCCUCAGAAAUACCUCCUCGAGAAGUCUCUCUCUAUAAGGUAGUUUUAGUAACUGGUUGUUAAUAAUUUAAUUAAGUUGUUUUUCUGUCUAUCUUUAGAGUUACUCUGAUAUAGUUUUACCACUAUCCUAAUUAUGGGCUGGAACUAUGUUAUGUUUUACAGUAAGGUUAUAACUCAAUUCAAUUUUAUAUUUUUAUUUGCUACUCAAAAGGUUAUUUCAAAGGAUUGUUAUCUACUUGACCCUUCUGCAAAUACUUGUAAUACAUUUGUAUUUUCUUUUUUUAGUUUGGUAAUUGGCCCAUGUUUGAGAAUUCAUUCUCUCACUUUUUUGAAGAAGAAACGUUCUUGAAAUCAAGACAAAAAUACUCUUGAACUUGCUUUUCGAUAUCGGUAGAACACAACAGCUCAUUAAAAGUGUUAAGAUUUUAGACUGGAAAUAUUUCCUUUUCCAAACUACCAGCUAACCAUGAUCACUGUGCAUCCGUAUUAUAUGUGGUCUUCCUGGACCCUCACCUCUUUCAGAUUCCGCCAGGCCCUGCGGCAUGUGCUCGGUCAAGUGCAAGUGGCAAUUUAAAGAAUCGGGUGAGGAGGCUGGUGGAACGAUGAAUCGGGAGUCCCAGUGUCCCGGUGUCCCGGUGUCCCAAUGUUGGCGCCCCCAUAUGCGCAUAAUAAUUUCGAUGGAGUGCCGAAGAAAGUUGCCGGCUCCUCGGCAUCGUUUCAUGUAGUUGAGCUCGUUGUUGGCCGCCGCUUUUCAACUGCAGCUCCACGGCGGUGCCAAUGCAAUGCAAUGCAGUGCUAUGCCCAGUACCGCCCGACUCGCAUGAUGAAGUGUGGAAACGGCAACAACAAGAGCCACCACUCGGUACACUUAAUUGACAAGUGUGAAACUUUCGAUUUCUAUACACCCAUUGACAUACAAAACGAGACAGCCAGAGACACACCGAAAAAAAUAUAGAUCAAUCUGUAUCCUAAUCUCCAGUUCCCAGAGACUUAAGUGCCUUGUUAAUGGUAACCUUGUUGCCAGCAUCAAUGCCCAUAUUCAUUUUUUCACACACUAAAAUCAUAUGAAAGAAGAAAUGAACUAUUUUACAAAAUUAACCAAAUCUUUUAAGCCAAUUUAUUUGACAUAUUGACUCACUAUUUAAAAACCAUUUCCCUUUUUUUUUUGAUUUUUAAGAUGUUAUUU